AUGGCCAUUACUGACAACGUAGGAUAUAUUCAGAAUAUUUACUAUGGAAUUACCAUUCGCGCGGGUGAACCUCGACCCCAACCCCCCUCUCCGCGCUAUGCCCGACAUCGCCGUCGCAUCUUUAUUCUGGUCGUGACAAGCUAUCUCCUUUACACGCUCUACGAGACAUUUCAUCGGGUUCAGGCUGCCGGUGAUUUUUACAAAGCACUUGGGGUCUCUCCAUUGGCCGAUGAUAGGACUAUCAAAUCGCGAUUCCGGCGCCUUGCUGCGCAGCAUCAUCCAGACAAGAUCAACCAAGGGGAUGGCAUUCCUUCCGACGACUACUUUGUAUAUUUGAAGCUGGCGCAAGAUACCUUACUGGAUCCUGCGAGGCGGUUUGCAUAUGAUAGAUUUGGACCCGAUGUUCUUGUCUGGAGUAAUGUCAAGACUGUGCAAGACUUCCUGUUUACAGGGUUACAGCGGUCGAUACCGCAGUAUGUGGGAGGAUUCGUGACCAUUAUCAUUUUGAACUUCACCUGGUGGUCCAACUGGGGCCGUUAUUGGCGCUUCUUUACUUUUGCUGCCUUGAUCACUCUUGAAUUAGCUUUGACCACGCAGCCAAGAGCUUUAUUCUUCCCUGCAUCCUAUAUCCCUGUAGAGCUACAAAAAUUGCUGGGGAUUUCUACGAAGACGCCGAGCUUCUAUCUCCUACCAUUUCAGAUCUUGACCCUUGCGCAACGUGCCUCCGUGAUGCUGCAUAUCUUUAUUUCGCAGGUGACACCGCCCGAGGUCAGCAAAGGGUCAUCCUCCGCAGCGGGUGAGCGUAUCCACCCGCAGACCAUGCAGCGCCUCGCGCAAUUAGCUCAGCUCUCUCGGGCUACAGACGGCGAAUCGACGCGGCUGUUGCAGCUAGGAUUUGCGCCAUUCAAAGGCGAUCGAGAGAGCGUUGCCACGCUGCGCAAGGGCAUGAAAGAGGGGUUAGUCCUGAGCAGUGUACGGGCUAGUUCGGGGGUGCAGCAAGCUGUCGGGGAGGUGAUUGAACGGAAAAGACAAGAAAAGAAGGCCGAUUAG